AUGGCCAAUAAAGGGACACUUUCCCUCUUAUGGUUCCUGACCUGGUUGGAUUGUCUGCCUGCUAGACAACAUGUAUGUGUGUAUAUUCAGCGUUCAACUGAGCCCUGUUUCCAAGGUAACCUGAAACCAGACAGGAAUCACGGUUCUCGCUCCGGUCAGCGUAAAGGCUCUUCUAAAGGCCAGUCAUCGGACGUUGUGUAUGUAGUGGGAGGAUGGAGUAAGGACAGCCCCUCGUGUCCAGUAGAGCAGUUCUGUAGUCAGUAUAAUGAGUGGAAGAUGACCACGCCCAUGCUCCGCCACCGUGGAGACGCUGGCGUGUGUGCAAUGGGUGGGUUCAUUUACACAGUGGGCGGAGCUGAUGAUCUCACCUGUGUGAGCAGUGUGGAGAGGUAUGAUCCUGAGUAUAAUUCCUGGUGUGGUGAUGUGGCCCCCCUCUCCUCACCCCGUUCCAGAGUGUGUGUGGUAGAGAUGGAUGGCUGUCUCAUCGCUCUGGGGGGUUACGAUGGGACCACCUGCACCAAUGCUGUAGAAAGGUAUGACCCUGUGAGGAACUCUUGGUGUAAAUUAGCUCCGAUGUUAAGGAGGCGUGCGGGGGCAGCAGCUGCUGUACUGGAGGGGCUCAUUUACGUUGUUGGGGGAACUGAUGGAGACACACCCCUUGACACAGUGGAGAGGUUCAGUCCUGUAGAUGGGGGGUGGUCUCUGUGCCCCCCGAUGCUGAGUGUGAGAGAGGGUGGGGGGUGCUGUGUGUAUUCGGGCUGUCUGUAUGUUGCGGGAGGGAGAGAUGAGCUCGGUCUGGCUCUCAGCAAUGUGGAGAAAUACGACCCGCACACAGGUCGCUGGAGCCCCGCCAGAGCCAUGAGGAACAAGAGAUACCAGGUAUCUCUGAUAGUAUUUAAUGGAUUACUGCUGGCUGUUGGAGGAUCUGAUGGAGUAAGUGACUUAAAGACUAUGGAGGCUUAUGACCACGAGGUGAAUUCCUGGAGACACUUUGGCAGUAUGAAGUCCAAACACCCCGGUGGUCACGUUGCAGUGGUCAAGGCUUUGUGAAAUCUCUGUUAGUCACACAUGCUGAAAGAAACAUCGGGAAGCAGAAAGCCAAUCAAUCGUCCUAUUGAGUUUGUUAUGUCUAGCCAACGAUUUCUGAACAAAGCAUAGAGCCUCUACAGCCCACUGUGAACUGAAAAAGAGGAGUCUGAGUGCAGCGUUUACAUGUGAUACAAGCAAUAAAGUAA